AAAAAAUUGGUGCUAUAUUCGGGAAGAAAAACGAAAAUCAUUCCACUUUGUGUUGUGUUGUGUUUUAUUGCUGCUGCAGUGUAAUAUAGAAAUUUUAUCGUUAGCGUUAUCAGCAGCUUAUAGUAAACAGCUGAUAAAUCUGUGUCUCUGUUUUCGCGAGCUUCGCAGAGGAGAAUCGGAUUACAAAGAGGACCUUGAAGAAGGAGGGCGUACGUUAUUGAAGCAGGAAGCAGCAAACAGCCGGGUGAAUCAGCUGUUACGACACGUCUUGAGCUUCUUGGAGCCUAUUGUAGGAAGCAGCUGUCUCAGCGAGAUCCGGAGACAGCUGGGAAGUGGGUGCACCAGCAGGGCAGGGGUGUUCGACGUAAUCAGAAUUUGUCAUCCAACUUCCAGACGCGCUAGUGUGUGAUUGUUUUAGUCACCACUCAUACUAAGCAGAGUUAAGAGAAAAGGCAGAGGAAGAUGAGUUACUCUUCCUUUGAAAACAAUGGGACCGGGUCCUCCACGAUCACAAACGAGGCCGACUUCCAGAAGUUGGCCCAAACCAUCGCCACCAGCAUUCAGAAGAUCCUGCAGAAUGUCUCAUCCAUGCAGCGGAUGGUAAACCAGUUCGGAACGGCACAGGAUUCACCCGAGUUGAAGCAACAGCUGCACCAGAUUCGGACGUACACCCAGCGACUGAUCACCGAUACGACCAACCUGCUGAACGAUCUGGUCAACUGCAAAGAGCGGCACCUGAAAAUCCAACGGGACCGGCUGGUGGACGAAUUCACCGCCGCUCUGACGGCAUUCCAAGCGGUGCAACGGAAAACGGUGGAUCUGGAGAAGAAUGCGGUCCGGCAGGCGCGAGGUGCCCACGUGGCUUUGAGCAAACCUCCGGGAUCCAACCAUUCCAGCAUGGGAUCCGGCGGCACCGGCAACAACUACAACAAUGCGUCGAUGUUCGAGGAUAACUUUGUGAGCGGCCAGCGGGGCCAGACGCAAGAACAGCUGCAGGAGGAGAUCGACCUGCAGGCGCUGGAGAACCAGGAGCAAACCAUUCGGGAAUUGGAGGAAAACAUAUUGAGCGUGAACGAAAUCUACAAGAAGCUGGGCGCGUUGGUUUACGAGCAGAGCCAUCAGGUAGACUCGAUCGAGGCCUCUGUUGAACAGACGAGCGUAUUUGUGGCCGAAGGAGUGACGCAGCUGAAGCAGGCCAGUCACUACCAGAACAAAGCCCGCAAAAAGAAGUUGAUCUUGGCACUGAUAGCAGCGGCCAUCCUGGCUGUCAUCAUCCUCCUAAUCAUCAUUAGGAACUAGAAGCAAAUGUAGACCAACCACCCAACUUUGGACUACCAAAAAUCGUCUACUGAGCAUAGUUUGUAUGUACUAUAUUAAAACCUACCUACUACUACACUACACUACACUGUUGAGAUGGAGAGAAAAAGUGUACAUUUUGAUUCGCAACCGGAUAGCCAACCAUCAUCGCGCUUGAACCUACAAAAGUGGGCUCCGAAACAAAAUACUUUCCAAAAUUUAUUUCCUCAGCCAGAAUCGGCGCCCUGAUCCAUUAUUUUUGGAGAACCACCUACCCAUACUCUCUGCUGUGACUGUAUUAAUUAGGUUUUCCCUUUGCGCUGAAUUCGCUGGCAAUUUUGUUUCGAUGGGCGGUGCCGUCCCGAAGAGAAAGUGAUAAUUUAUAAUGAUAAAAAUGAAAUAAUUAGCAAAGACGGAGACAAAUAAAAGCAACUAGCGAUUCGCGCAUACAGGCGAGCUUUGCGUUUCGAAUGAACCAAGUGUUUCGAUGGCUUUCGAACUUUAUUUGAUAUUACCUUUAGCAGGCAGUAACCAUAUUCACGACUAUUAUUAUUUAUAUAUGAAUCUAUUGGAUAUACAUUCUGAAAGGACGCACGGUCAACACCUGUAUUAUUACUUAUCGAUCACGACUGUUCUAAUAUAUAGACAUAGAUAAAUUAGAUCACGCAUUUGGCGAGAGAAAUCACUAAACAAAAGGAUUAUAAUUUAAAGAUGAUACAAUUAUAUAAAGGAUAAAUAAAUUCAAAAUCGAAAA